ACUUCUAGUCCACAGCUGUAACCUUAAAACAGCAACCAUACUAUUUCCCGACUUACAUCUAAGAGAGAUAUGCCUGGUGAAUUCCAUCUUGCAAUGAACUUUUGGACAUUUAAAUUCUUCACACUGGUACAAACCUGAUGAAGUGGUUCUUGAUCCACAAAAGCUUGUGUAUUGUAUGAUGAUUUUUUUAGUGGUCUAUAGAGGUUUUGCCUAUUUUUGGAUUGGCAAUUCAUUUACUUCAGAAUUGGAAAGAGGGCUGAAUUGUUUGCUUUUUGUAUGUUGCACUUGCAAAUGUGUUAAAAUGUGACAAAAGCCACAAUUGUUCUUGAUGCCCAUUUUGAAAGAGCCACAAACCCCACAGGUCAUUUAUGGAUAAUUUAAUCUGGAUUGAUAAAGUAAUUCUUUUUAAAUGUAAUCAGUUUGGCAGUCUCAUAUCGUGUAAGCAGUGUGUUGAACAGCAGGGAAAACAGCUAUCAUGCUCAGUAUUUAACAUAGUUAUGUGUUUUCAUAAAGGAAAUUUUAAAGCUGAAAUUUCAAAGCUCUGACGAGUUUAAUUUGUAGCAAUGUCCCGUGACGUUCUGGUCUGCUUGGAAAUAUAUGUCACAGAUUUUAGCGGAGCUUAUUCCUAAGUGUAUAGAUUUAGGAUUGCAGCUGUUCCCUAAAUGUACAACUGAGGACGAUUCUAAACUUUUGUUUAUUUGCAUUCUGAGUCAGUCCAGGAAAGAACUACUGGCUCUUUUAAAAGCUGUUAAAUGCUAAAAAGGUUCUAGAAGCAAGGCCCAGUAACUAAGCGUUUGCUAUGGCAACAACACUUUGUUUGGACUGUGAUCUUGGCUGCAGUUCAGACUAGCAGUUGAUAGAGGAGCUGGAAGAAAAUGUACUGCAAUUACUUGGUUCUCUCCACAGAUGUAAAAUCUGCUUAAGAUGGCAGAUAUUAUGGCAAACCUGAAAACCUUUCAGCCAGAAUAUGGGGCAGGGAUAAAUGAGCCCUUACUACAUCUGAGAUGCCGUGUCAAAGGCCUGACCGCGACUGCCUGUGCCCACAUACUCUUCUUCUGCAAAGUACUCCAGGCCACCAGGCCAAAAAAGGGAAAAUGUGAGGAGCCGUCUGCUUCCCCCCAGGCAUUAAAUGGCAGCCAAACCUUGAAGAUUGGGAUUAUUGGUGGAGGCCAUAUUGGGAAACAGCUGGCCAGGGUGCUGCUACAGUUGACAGAUAUUUCAGGAAAGAACAUCCAGAUCUCUACUAGGCAGCCAGAAAAACUGUCAGAAUUUCAGAUGCUAGGAGUUAACUGCUUUUACAACAACAGGCAGCUGGCAGACUGGGCAGAUGUUAUAUUUCUUUGCUGUCUUCCAUCUCACCUCCCAAAUAUUUGCUCAGAAGUUCAGGAUGCACUGAAAAGAUGCUCUAUUAUAUACAGUCUGGUCACAGCCAUCCCUUUGCCCAGGCUGAGGCAACUCCUUUCUUGCAAUUCAAUUAUAAGGCCACAGUACACGUUCAGAGAGAGCGCUCCUUUUCAUAUGUGGACAGCUAGCAGGACACUUGUGGAAGCCCUCAGAGACCCAGCUGUUAUCCAGGCAACAUGUCCUUGUAACCCAACUGGGGAAAUUGUUGUCAAUACAAACUGGCUGGCAGCUGUGUUCUAUGCAGCUCUAAACAGUUACACAUGGCAGGGUUUGCGCUAUGCAAGGGCCUUGGCCUUACUCAAUCAAGUGUGCUUUCCUGAUGAUAAUGCUGUCACCUCUGGAGAUGAUAAAUCACCACCACUGUUAGAAUGUGAAAACUUUAUCAACCAAGCCUUUGCUUCCACUCUUUUACCUGAUGACUGUCUUCCCUGGUUUGAUCUGACAACUGUACAGCUAAAGGACUCCCCUCUUAGUCAGCUUCUUACAACAGACGUAUUCUUCAGGGACAACAUAGCUUCAUUCUACUGUAACAUGCUCACAGGAUUGCCUGUAAACAAUGAAGAAUCAGUGACAGCUUCCUCCACAAGGGCGAACCUUUCAGCUGUGCUACUGAACCCCAUCAAAACUUGUACCCUUGAUGGAACAAGCAAAGCAGAAGAGCCAUCAAGUGCAGACAGAUUCUGAGUGUAAUGCUUUGUUUUUCUUUAUAACACUAAAUGAACAUUGAGUAUAAUAAUUAUAGAAAUCUUACAAAUUGAAUCACAACUGGAUGAAAACAAACCCAAAAUAAAUCAAAUAUGUUCUUCAAACGCUUUGGUUCUUUGAUUUUCCACCUAGUGAAGAUAUGUUUCAUCAACUGUUUUGAAUUAAUGAAGUAUUCUCAACAGUUUUGCUACAUAAUCUAAUCAGUUUCCCUAGUUUAGGAUAAGAUAAAAAUAGGACUUCCACUUUUUCCUUUUCAGAUAGUAAUGUUAAUCAAUUUCGCGAAGGCUUUCACGGC